ACCGGCCUGCGGGACGCGUCGCACUCUCCGUCCGGGAUGGAGAAAGACGCCUCUGAACCGGACCCAUCCCGUCAGAGGAACGGGGUCGUGGGCGUGUUAUAUGGGGAGUUCACGGACGCGCUCAACGACCGGGUCCGGUACUCGGUGAGCUUGACGGAGAGCGCCUUGACGAUCCAGAGGAUCUCUUCGUCCCCCGGCCGGACUAAGGUGGUUUUUAACUUAACCGACUGUAUCGGCUGCCGGGCGUACAGAGGGCCGGACAGCGCGGACGUCGGCGCCUACUUUACGGCGUAUUUCUACCCCUUCAAGAGGCGCUGGAUGAGCGCCGGAGUGGCCCGGCAGAGAGUGGAGCAGUGCUUUCGGGUGGCGCUGGUCCAGGACCCGCUCGCCAACCUCCAGGAGGCUGAGAGAUGGGCUCGAGCCAUCAGGGAAGCGUCCGUGCUGCAGAAGCCACGAAGAGAUGGUGUGGUGUAUACGGAGGUGUGCCGGCCCUGCAGAGUCAUGAUCCUGGUGAACCCUCACAGUGGUCGCGGACAGGCGUUACAGCUCUUCACGGGCCAUGUACAGGGCAUGCUCACAGAAGCCUCCGUUCCUUACACGCUUGUCAUUACAGAGCACCAGAACCACGCACGAGAGGUGGUGAAGAAGGCAGACCUGACACAGUGGGACGCCCUGGUUAUCAUGUCUGGAGAUGGACUGCUGUUUGAGGUGAUAAAUGGUCUGAUGGAGCGAGAGGACUGGCAAGAGGCCAUCCAGACCCCUCUGGGGAUCCUACCAGGUGGCUCAGGCAACGCCCUGGCAGCCUCUGUCCACCACUAUUCACAGUCGCCUCCAGCGUGGAAUGAGGAGCUCCUCCUAAGCUGUGGUUUCAUGCUUUGUAAAGGUCUGGUUGGUUCGAUGGAUCUGGUGUCAAUCCACUUGGCCUCUGGACGGCGCCUCUUCUCCUUCCUCUCCCUGGCCUGGGGCUUUGUUGCCGACGUUGACAUUGAGAGUGAGAAGUACCGCCACGUGGGAGCGAUCCGCUUCCUAAUGGGCACCCUGGUGCGCCUGGCCUCUCUCAGAACCUACCAGGGCAGGUUAGCGUAUCUGCCUGUUAAGGAGGCGCCCAAACCUCCAAAAGGAAGCAUCAAGGCGAACCUCCCGCCCUCUUCGGCACCUCAGCAGCCUUUGCUCUGCUCGUCUCUUCCCUGCCGACUUUUCCCAAACCCCUCGCCGAACCAAAACUCUCUCCAUAAUCACAUUAGCACAAACUCCAACCACAACACCAUCACCAACUCCUCCAACAACGUCAUCAUGACGAAGAAACCUGAGACUCAGGUUGAUGGCAAGACUAGAGAACCUGUGGACUCUCUUCUCCCUGGCAUCGAUCAGCCAGUUCCAGAGAGCUGGACGGUGGUCAAGGAGGAGGACUUUGUCUUGGUGCUGGCUAUUUACCAGUCCCACCUGGCUGAGGACCUGUGGACCGCUCCUGGUGCAAUGGCAGACGACGGAGUGAUUCAUUUGUACUAUGUGACAGCUGGGAUCUCCCGUCCUGCCCUCCUGCGCCUUUUCCUCGCCAUGGAGAAGGGAGCCCACUUAGCAUGUGGCUGCCCCUACCUGGUGUAUGAGAGGGUGAAGGCCCUGCGUCUGGAGCCCAUCUCUCCACAAGGCAUGAUCACUGUGGAUGGAGAGAUGGUGGAGUAUGGGCCCAUUCAGGCUCAAAUCCACCCCAGCUUGGCCAGACUCAUAUGUGGAUAA